UCUUCUCCCGUUUACUUCUCUACAACCUCAGUGUCUAUAAAAGCUCUGUUUCUCAGAGUAAUUCUUCUUCGUUCAUCCUUCUUCUCUUCAUGCCAUCAACAAUUGAUUGAUCAGUGAGUCUCAGAUUUCUGCAAAAUCAAAUAGUUAGAAGAAGAAGAAGAAGAAGAAGAAGAAGAAGAGAAAAUAAUUAGAAUAAAAAUGGGAUUUUUAUCACUGUUAAUAGUGGCAAGCAUGCCUGUCCUACAACUUCUGUUAGUGGGUUCUCUUGGAGCCUUUCUGGCAUCAGGUUACAGUAAUCUCCUCUCUGAUGGAAUUCGUCGAGACUUGAACAAGAUUGUUUUUGCUGUAUUUACUCCCUCACUCAUCUUCUCCUCCCUCGCCAAAACUGUAACUCUUCAGGAACUCAUCUCCUGGUGGUUUAUGCCCGUUAACAUCGCCAUCACCUUCUUAAUUGGCGGAGCUCUCGGAUGGCUAGCUGUGAAGAUCCUCAGACCACCACGCCAUCUGGAAGGCCUUGUUGUAGCUAGCUGUUCUGCUGGAAAUUUAGGAAAUCUCAUGCUCAUGAUUAUUCCAGCCGUCUGUGGAGAGCCAGGAAAUCCUUUUGGAGGUGAGAGCAGCUGCAGUCUGCGUGGCACCUCUUAUGUUUCUCUAUCCAUGGCGCUUGGGGGCAUCUUCAUAUGGACGCACACUUACAGUCUCAUGAAAAAAGAUGGUGAAAGAUAUAGGAAGCUAAAGCAAGAAGGUUUGCCGGAGAUCUCGGCCUCCGCCGCCGCUGAUGAAAACUCAGCCGCCGGAGAAACUCAUGAUUCGGAAAGUGAGGAAGACAGCAGUGAUAAAGAGGCUCAGCUGAUUCCAUCAACUAAAUCGGUUGAUGGAUACUCAGACCAAAUGAUUUUGAAGCCAUUGUUGUCUGAUGAAAAACUGAGCAGCAGCAGUGUGUCUUUCAUGAAGAAAAUAGUUGGAGUUGUUCAUCAGACUGUGGAGGAACUCAUGGAACCACCAAAUAUUGCAGCAAUGGUUGGAUUUGUUGUUGGUGCAAUACCUUGGUUAAAAUCGCUUAUGAUUGGAGAGAGUGCUCCCCUUAGAGUUAUAGAGGACUCCAUUAAGAUGCUGGGAGACGGAACUCUACCCUGCACAACUCUUAUUCUUGGAGGAAAUCUCACCAACGGGUUAAGGAAGUCAGCAGUGGGGCCUUCUUUAGUUAUAGCAGUUGGGUUAGUGAGAUAUAUAGCUCUGCCCAUAUCAGGGAUUGCUGUGGUUAAGGCUGCGGACGCCAUUGGCUUUCUGCCUCAGGAUGCACUGUUUCGUUACGUGCUGCUGACACAGUUCACUCUACCUCCUGCAGUUGGAAUUGGUAUUUUACUAAUCUCUAUCAUCUGCCUUCUAAACUCUAUGUUAUUAUUGUUAUUAGGGCUGUUUAUGAUCUGAUUUCGAGUCGGUUUGGGUUAGGCAUAGUGGAACGGUGACUCGUUCGUGUUUUAUUUGGAGCGAGAUUUAGGUGAGAGUUUUGACUCUGGCUCAAUCUGAGCCGAGAAUGGAUCUGUAUACACUGCGAAUCAAUAUUACUUUUUAGGGCGGGCAAAAUCAUCAACUAUCUAACUUUUUCAAAUGUACCAGAAGGGAUUCG